UGUUGGUCCGCAGAUGAUAGCGGUGCUGCGUGUGGAAGAAGCCGCCUGCUGGUGCUGUUUAUUAGGCAUGAGGCUCAGAGCAUUGGGGCCGUCUUCCUCUCUGACCCGUCGAUGAAAAAAAAUAACCAGGGGAUGCACAGCGGCACAGAGGAAACACGGCUUCACAGGCGAAAAACCAGGAAUGCUGAAGCUGCUAAACAUGGGGAGUCGCCUCCUUUAUGGAAUAAACCGAGUGUCCGCUGAUGUGUGUGUGCAGUGAGUUUGUUCAAGCAGAAGAUUUUGACUUUUUAUUUUAUUUUUUAACACAUCUGCAACGAUGCGGGCUGCGGAGUGGAGACGAGGCGCUGCGAUUGUGCUCUGCAUUUUGGGAUACCUUGUCUCCAGAGCUGCUGCUAAAACGUUACCGGAGCAGCCCGCCACAGAAGAGGUGACUCUGAAGGUUCACCUGAGCGAUGCCAGCACUCACCAGCCCCUCGGAGGAACCGUCGUGCAGCUCUUCGCCAACCACACUUCUGUAACCACGGAAACCUCAUCAACUGAUGGCAACACCUACCUGCGCUUCCCCUACCGCCUUGGGACACCUUUGGUCGUCACCGCAACCAAACAGGGAUAUGUGCCAAACUCUGUGCCCUGGACUCCUUCUAGAUUACCUGUAUUUUCUUCCAUCAGCCUGGACCUGCUACCAGAAAGAGCUGCAACUCUGAUGGUGUAUGAGGAUGUUGUAGAGAUUGUUUCAGCUAGCUUACAAGGUUUAAGGCAUCAGCCCAGUGUUCAUUUCCAGCGCAGAGCUCUCAGUCUUCCCGCCGACACAUCCUACGCAAACCUCACUGCUCUACUCACCGUGGCCAGCUCCCCCUCGCACAUCCAGCACUUUCCCCAUCUGCAGGUCCUCAGCGGCAACGGCACAGGGAACGAGAAGAGGUUUGAGUUGACUCCUGUAGCGGCCAUCUCUGUACACUUAUUGGCCAGCGACGGAGUGGAGCUGCAGGUGAAUGAGCCAAUCACGGUAUCCGUCCCCCUGCCGGCCGACAGUGGCCUGAAGGAAAAUGAUCACAUCCCUGCUUGGAGAUUCGACCCGCGCUUGGGUGCUUGGAUAAAGAGCAGUUGGGGUCACGUGCAGCGAGAGGGCAACCAGCUCAGUCUGACUUACAUCGCUCCUCAGCUGGGAUACUGGGUGGCCGCCAUGUCUCCAAUACACUCAGGUCCAGUGUUCGCGAAGGACAUCAGCACGUACCACACGGUGUUCCUGUUGGCCAUACUGGGAGGCAUGGCUCUCAUUCUGCUCUGCCUGCUCUGUCUCCUGUUGUACUACUGCAGGCGCCGUUGUUUGAAGCCUCGAGGGUCUCACCGCAAGCUCACUCUGUCUUCUGGUCUGGACGGCAGUAAGAGGGAUCAAGCCACCUCCAUGUCCCACCUGAACCUCAUCAGCAGCGAGGUGCAGCUGGAACUUGUUUCCACAGCGACUGAGCCCGACAUGACCACACCAAUGCUGAAGCCGUCGUCAUAUGAGCAACAAGACAAUCAUCGUCAACACAGCCUAAUCCAUCACAGCAAACACAGCCGCUCCUCGCUUGGCAACAGCCACCACGGCUCUUCUCUUGGCAAUCUGACGCCACGCAGCAGAGACUACCGGCAGUCUGCGGAGACGUUCCAGUUAAAGUCCGCCCUCUCGUGUGGGACAGACCGAGGCUACCGUCAAUCAUACACCUCCGUCUGCUCGUCCAGCAACCCGGUUUCAGACGCACUGUCAUCAGCCAAUCACGGUCAGGUGUCUGCCAACCACCUGAGCAGUGUCGGGGUUAUUGACUUCAUCUCCCCUUCCUCUCCCCCUCAUUCCCCCAGUAGAGGGGAGGUAUGUGAGUGCAGAGCUCCUGACUACCUCCUGUCCCGCUCUGUGGACCACCUGGAGCGUCCCAGUCCCCCGCUGCUCUCCAGGCCGGGCCAGCUGCUCUGCUGCGGCUCCGUGGACCUGCUGAGUGGAGGGGAGGGCUACCCGAGGGUGCGUCCCACCCUGGUGAUCCCAGCACACUACAUGCGCCUGCCUGGGGAGCACCCUCUCUCCGGUCAGGCCCUCCUGCUGCAGACUGACCAGCAGAGUGACUUGGAGACCAUCCAGGCUGAGCUUAAUGCCUCACAUUCCCAGCAGCCACUGGGGCAAUCCCUCUCUGACAUCGGACCGCAUACCGCCAAACAAGGGGGCGGAGAACGUAUGGGCCUGUCAGAGUCUCUGUCCAUCCCAGCAGCGCUUGGGGAAACGGGUCUGGUGGAAAUAAACAGCGAGGACACGUUGUUGGCCGAAAAGACUUUAAUGGAGCUCAGAGGAGGGAAGCCUCUGCCUCACCCACGAGCCUGGUUUGUCUCGCUUGAUGGACGCUCCAACGCUCACAUUCGCCACUCCUACAUCGACCUCCAGCGGGCGGGGUGUCAUAGCAACUCGCCAGCUGGAGGAGGUCAACAUGAUACUGGCAGCGGUGGGAGGCGUGGCAACGAUGCCAGCCUGGACUCCGGUGUGGACCUGAAUGAGCUGAGAGUGGGCCGCAGGGGGAGAGUUGUAGGGCGUGAGGAAAGAGGGAUUGCGAAAGACAGGUCGAAGAGCACAGCACCAGCCAUGGCCUACACUCAGCUGGUGUAUGUGGAUGAUCUGGACGGGGGAGGCAGUGAGGAAGAGACGCCAAAAUGUAGCCCAGAGGACAUUGACACAGCACACAUCCUGUCAGACAAAGCAGAGGGUCAGAGAGGAGAUCUGGAGGGUGUUGAGGGGAAAACAGAAGAGGUGGUACAAAUACAAGAGGAACCGCCCUCACUUUCCUCUUCAUCCCCUUCUUCUCCUCCUCCCCUGCCAACACCUGAGGAGGGAGAAACGUUCAGGACUGAUCAUGUGCUGCUCUCAGUGUCUCCUGAUGACGAUGCAGCACAGGAGGAUGGAGAGGAUGAGAAGAAGAGUCCCUGGCAGAAGAGAGAGGAGCGACCCCUGCUGGCCUUCAACCUGAAAUGAUCCACAGAUGACCACUUCAAGGAUAGCCUCACUCUUUUUUCUCAAUCAAAGACUCACAUGCCAAUCAGUACAUAGAAAGCAUUUUUGGUCACUGUAAUUGUUCAUACUGUGCACAAUGGCCCGUCUUUAGAGUGAUGGUGGGACACUACCCACUGGUCUUGUUCUGUGCUAAAAACAAUUUUAAUUUGGUCUGAUUUAGUCUCAAUCUUAAAUAUUGGAGAUCUUUCAAAGCCUUUUUUUUGUUGUUUUUUUAGAUGGAUAGAGGAUUUCAUUAUCCCAAUAGAAAAUCUCAACAUUACAAUACAAAAUAAGUAAAGGCGGUAAUAAAAACAAGUAGCAAAUAUCUCCAAAAACUAAAUUGGGUACAUUUCUGCAAUUCUUAGUUUCAUCUCAACACAUAGAAAUAAUACUUAUAUUUUUAGAUUCAGUGUGACUUACACUUACAUAUUUCAUUCUCUCAGAAGUCCAUCGUAAAUAAACUCCAUAAACAACAGAAUACAGAAAUGUCCUUAUAAUCAUCCCGUUAACGGUUAAGUUUUCCUCAAUAUUGAAGUAAUCCUUUUUGUUUCUGUAAAUGGAUGGAUUCACUGUAAACGCACGGAACGACGACCAUGAAUUUUUUGCUCAACCUUGCAUUACAAUCACUGGAAUAGGGAUACAACAAGUGCAGCGACCAAAGUUGUUCAGCUGUACAUAUGGCAUGUCAGUUUGGAUUUGAGACUUGAAAAUCUGAAACUAUCCUUUAACUAUGACUCCUGUCUUUGCGCCGAAUAUAACGUGAAGGAAAAGACCAUUUUAAUUGAUGCCCUUUGUUUUCUUAAUAGAGCACUGACAUAAGUUUUCAGCACUGGGAUACCUCCAAGUCCAGAGCUUCAGGUUCCCUUCAUUAAAAGACCACUGUUGUUCUCCACACUUUCCAUAAACUCAUCAGGAUGUACACCUGAGGAAGACAAAUGGACGAGAGAGUUGAAUAUUUUAUGUACAACAAAUAUAUGCCUUUUUUAUAAUUAGCCUUGUGCCCAUAGAGGAACUGUUGGGGAAACAGACUAUGGGUGGUUCCCACAAAUGAAUGAAUACAGGAGCCUUUUUCUCUAGCCAUAUUGGCCUCAGUCCACUGACUGUAAAGAACUCACUAAUAUUCUGUAACGUGAGAUUAAUACCCUCAUUUUUAAGAUUGUGGCGCAUCUGUGCAAAAAUAUGGCAGGUGAUUCUAUUCAUUUUCUUAGAGUCAGGAGAACUCUUACGGUGUGUUCUGCACAGAUAAUCAGCCCUGACAUAAACAUGUGAAUCCUGUACUUUGAAUUGGUUUAAGUAUGUUGCUAGAAUUUAGUCAGAAGGCUGAAUGGGUUUUAAGAUGAUCUACAGAGGGGGUGAAGUGUUUAGAGUACUGAAAUUAAACCACUAUCCGCACUGCACAGAUGUGACACACCACUCUAUUUGUCACAAGGAUGUAAUACCACUGCAAAACUAGUUCCACCCAGAAAAAGUGUGAGGUGUAAUAAUAUGAAGGGUUUUGUGAUUGUUGAACCACUGACUAGAAUAUUUUUGCUCUGAAGGCUAUGCAUCACUUUUAUACGGCUGCUUGAGAUGCCUUUUUUCAUUUUAAUCAAUAUAAUUUGAAUUGCCAACAUGAAGUAUUUUACCUUGGAAAAUAGGCUACUUUUAUUUCCUUUAAUAUGUUAAGGGCUUUUAUUUUUAACUCGCCUUAUGUUAAGAGUGACAAAAACACAACUGCAAGUUUUACCUGAAACCAAACUAUUUUUUGCAUGCUGUGUUUCACCUUAUUUUGUUUUUAACCUUUUCCUCGUGUUCCAAGUGCCUUUGAACAACCUGACUAUACAUCCAAUUUGUGGAACAGAAAACCUUAUUUAUUUCUCACCUUCUUUUGCCUUUAGCUUCUCUCCUCUACCUCAGCCCUCCUUUUCUUUCCCACUUGUGAAAGAAAGCAUGCAGUAAACUUUCCUCAGCACUAGCAUAUUACAAGCUACACUGCAGACGUUUCAGAAAAUGUCUACCAGCUGCUGCAAUCUUAAAAUCCUCUACAGUAAUCAGCAAGGCACCAAUCUGUCUUAGACUAAGCAGUUAAGGAUUUACAAAAGUUUUAAGUGAAGCACGGAUAGACAAAGCUAAGUGCGAUUGUACGUGAAGCUAAACUGCAGGUCAUUUCAGUGCAUUCUCUUUUGUGUUUGUAGAGUGUGAAUGUUUGUCUCGGAUGUGUGCCUGGGUGGUGGUAGUGUUCAUCUGUUCUGCUGCUGGCUGUGAGUUUGUCUUGUCAGACUGUGUGUCGAUGCUAGACCACUGACAAAUAAUCAACAUACAUCCACUCAAGGUUCAUAUAGUCAUAGCAAUCAUAUUAAAGAGUGUGUAUAGUUUUUCCUUUCCUCUACCUUGUCAGAUGAUGCGUGAGUCGUUGUGAAUGGUCUCCUCUCUGUUAGUAUCCCACAGCAAUCUCCAGGUCGAGGGUGGAGUUGCAGUAGUACAGCAUCCCGAGUGUGUUACUUGGUUGCUUGCAUUAUAUUUGAAGCCUAUUAUUCUAAUAAACCGCCAAACUGGAA